UCACCAGCUGUAACAGCGGUUGACCUCAAACCACCCACCACUCUUCUUCUGUUUCUUUCUAUUGUUGUUUUUUCCUCUCAAAUAAGACAAUGCCAUCAACUUUGAUCAAAUGCUGAUAAAAUUCAAGGGUCCCCUCUCCUAGAUCUUCCUUUCGGUUACUGUUGCAUCUAUUCCCUUUGCUCCAACGCCACGUUGCUUUGUGUGCAAUGCCGUUGAAGCUUCUAAGGGACGACAAAAUUGGAACUUACGUGGAAAGGGUGGUUAUGGAGUGUGUGCAGGUUGGAGGGAAAUGAUUGAUGGGGUCUACUGAGCAUGGGAGAGUAUCAGUUAGGGAGUUCCAGGCCAAUGGAAGCCGCAUGGCUGCAUCAGAAGUUGAGGCCAAGCUUGAUCAAGGAAAUAUUCAAGAAGCAGAAGAUUCGUUGCGAGAAGGAUUGUCACUCAAUUUUGAGGAAGCAAGAGCUCUUCUUGGUAAGUUGGAGUAUCAGAGAGGUAAUGUAGAAGGUGCUCUUCGUGUGUUUGAUGGGAUUGAUCUCCAAGCUGCCAUUCAGAGGUUGCAAUCUUCAUUUUCUGAGAAACCACCGGGCAAGAAAGGUCGUGGUCACACUGAAUCAGCCUCGGGCUCUCAGCAUGCGGCUAGCUUGGUGCUUGAAGCCAUCUACUUAAAAGCCAAGUCUCUGCAAAAAUUAGAGAAAUUUACAGAGGCUGCUAAUAAUUGUAAACGUAUUCUUGAUUCCGUUGAGAAGAUAUUUUAUCAGGGUAUUCCUAAUAUUCAAGUGGAUAAUAAAUUGCAAGAGAUAGUCAGCCAUGCUGUAGAGCUCCUUCCAGAGCUUUGGAAGCAAGCUGGUUGCUAUGAUGAGGCAAUCUCUGCUUAUAGGCGAGCCCUUUUUAGUCAAUGGAACCUUGAUAAUGAUUACUGUGCAAGAAUUCAGAAGUCAUUUGUUAUGUUUUUGCUAUACAGUGGGGUGGAGGCAAGUCCACCUAGUUUGGCAGUUCAGAUUGAAGGAUCAUAUGUGCCUAAAAAUAAUCUUGAAGAGGCUAUUCUGCUAUUGAUGGUUCUUUUGAGAAAGUUUAGCCUUGGUAAGAUGAAAUGGGAUCCAUCAGUCAUGGAACACCUUACUUUUGCACUUUCUAUAUGUAGCCAAACUUCUACUUUAGCAAAGCAAAUUGAAGAGUUGAUGCCUGGAGUAUACCAUCGAAUCGAUUGUUGGAAUUCUUUAGCUUUUUGUUAUAGUGGUGCUGGACAAAAUGACUGUGCUUUGAGCCUGCUAAGGAAAUCUUUGCACAAACAUGAACGACCAAAUGACAUUACAUCAUUAGUGUUAGCAGCUCGGAUCUGCAGCUCAGAUCCCCAUCUUGCUGCUGAGGGAGUGAUCUAUGCACAGAGGGCAGUCAAUAAUGCUCGUGACCAAAAUGAGCAUUUGAAAGGUGUUGCUCUACGGAUGUUGGGACUUUGUCUUGGAAAGCAAUCUAAGGUUGCUUCCUCUGACUCUGAGAGGUCUCGCCUUCACUCCAAAGCUUUAGAGUCAUUGGUGGCAGCAAUCAAAUUGGAGCCAAACAAUUCUGAUCUGAUUUUUGAAUUGGCUGUUCAUUAUGCGCAACACCGAAACUUGUCUGCUGCUUUGCGCUCUGCGAGACAUUUCUUUAAUCAAACAGGUGGUUCUAUGUUGAAAUCUUGGAGAUUGCUUGCUCUAAUUUUGUCUGCACAGCAAAGAUUUUCUGAAGCUGAAGUGGUGACAGAUGCUGCUUUAGAUCAGACUGCAAGAUGGGAGCAGGGGCCACUGCUUAGGCUGAAAGCAAAGUUGAAGAUAUCCCAAUCACGACCAAUGGAUGCUAUUGAAACCUAUAGAUACCUUCUUGCAUUGGUUCAAGCCCAGAAUAAAUCAUUUGGGUCUUCCCAAAUUAGUUCAAAGGUUCUGGAUGAUAAAAUAAAUGAAUUUGAUAUUUGGCAUGGUCUGGCAAAUUUAUAUGCUAGUCUCUCUCGUUGGAAGGAUGCUGAAAUCUGUCUGCAGAAGGCCAGGGAGUUGAAGAAAUACUCUGCUGCAGUAAUGCACACUCAAGGUGUUUUGUUUGAAGGACGUGGGCAAAAUGACGAAGCUUUCCUUGCUACUAUUAAUGGUAUACUACUUGAAGCAAACCAUGUUCCAUGCAAGAUCUUGAUGGGUGGCAUGAUUCAAAGAUUGGGUCCAAAGUUUUUUUGUGCUGCAAGAAGCGCACUGUCUGAUGCACUCCGAAUAGAACCCACUAACCGCAUGGCUUGGCAUUGCUUGGGAUUGCUUAACAAGCAAGAUGGCAGAAUAAGUGAAGCCGCUGACUGCUUCCAAGCAGCUUCCAUGCUUGAAGAAUCUGAUCCCAUCGAAUCUUUCAGCUCUAUACUUUGACAGGAUUCAAUUCCUGAUCAGUUAACUCUGCAGCCAUCACUGAGAUUUAUGUUUCUGUGUUGAUAUGUCAUCUGAGUUCAGUGGAUCGCAUCGAAGAGUUUUGGAACUGUAUUCCCUUUUUUUCAUUUUAAAUCGUUGUCAUCACAAACUAGGAUUAAAGAAAAGGAAUUGAAAAAA